AAAAAACAAAAAAUUCGAACUCUUAGUUAAAGGAUGGACUUUUCGAAGCUGCAAGAAGAGUUCUACAAGGAUGUGGCUGCUAAGAGGGAUACGUUGGAUAAGAAGGACCAAGGGCCUGAUAGGGAGAAGCGGUUCUCCGAAAAGAUUAUGGGAAAGCCAGUCGUGAAGAAGGUGCAAAGGGUUGAGGAAGUAAAAGAGGAAAAUGAAGAAGAAAAGGAAGAAAAAGAAGAAGUAAAGGAAGAAAGAGGUUCAGAAACAGAUGAAGAAAUGGAGGAAAAGGAUGAAAGAAGGUUAUCAAGGGAAGCCUCUCCUACUGGAUCUGAAAAGAUCGAUCUGGGGGAAGAGGAGGAGGCUGAUGGCGCCGCCAGUGUGGAAUCCCCCGACUAUAUGGGAAUCAAGUUCCCAUUCCCUGAGCAGACAGACCCAUCCAUGUGCCGAGACGAGUUCAUCCAGAGUAUUCUCAUGGAACAGGAACAAAAAUACUCGGAAAUGAAGCGCAGGACGACAGCGUCCAAAAAGGGAGCUUCCCUCGAGAUGCCAAAAUCGGUUUAUACCGUUUCUGGCGAUGAAAACCCUGAGGCUCUGAUUCUGACGGUACUGAGAAAGUUCCGGUCCUCCCUCUUCCAUACUGGCUUGUCCCUUAAGCGCUCCACCAGCUUCAGGAGGAAGUCCUCCGUGUGGCCCCGGAGCACUCUGCUAAUGAAUCUGAACCGUGACGUCCAGAAGGCGGCCAUUGAGUUCCUGUCGGUGCGAGUCCUUAAGCAGCUGCGCCUCUUCACGAGUCCUUGGCCGGGCGAGGUUAAGGACAUACCGUACUUUUUGUUCCACUGGUCUUUGGAAUACUUCGAGUCACGACUGUACAUGAACCAGCUCUACCUCGACGUAAUCCAACGGGAGCGGACAAAGGAGGACCUCGACUGCGUCAAGUUCCGCACGGAUCUCGUCGAGAUUGCGAAUAUCAUCUAUGAUAUCCGGGACGAGUUUGCCCAUGAUAAGAAUUUGUGCGAUCACGUAUACCUAAUUUUACGGAACGCAAUGUACCAUCAGAAUGCGCCCUGGAUACAAGGACUAAAAGAGAAGCAGAAGGAGCGGGAUCAGCUGAGUCGUCAUAAGAUGGUGCAAAGUUCGAGUAGCGCUUACUUCAUGGUGGCCCGAGAAACAACAAUUCUAGAUCGAUUCGAAAAUUCUGCAGCUUACGAUCCCAUCGAGCUGCGCUACCGGGUUAACUGGCUCAACAGCUGCGCGGAUCAGCGGCUAUAUCGCUUCCAAAUGCGCGAGGAAGCCCUAAAGACGGAACUGGAAGAGCUCACCAACCAAAUGAACUUGGACACCAUGGUACAGAACAACAUGGAGUUCAUGUAUGGCCACGAGAUCGACAAGGCUAAGCGCAAGAUCCAGGAGUGGACGGUGCGCUACGACAACGAUCUGGAGAACGCGGAAGUGGCCGUGCAGAUGACUAGACUAGCCCUCCAGAAGUACAAGGACGACUUCAAGUUCUACCAGGAGCAGGAGGAAAUGUAUAAGCGGAGGAUAGCGGAGGAGAGGGCGCUUAUGGCGACGGAGGCGAAGAUUCGACAGGAUAAGCAGGCAAAGGCUACCCAGCAAGUUGUGGAUGUGGCGGAGACCGUGAAGGCUAUCGAGGCUGUCUACAAGCCACCUCCACCAAAGAAGGCCAAAAAGAAAGCAGCCAAGUCCUAGGACUCAUCAAUAUUCGGCAAACUUAUUUAUGUUGGCAACCCAAACAACGAAAUAAUCAACCGAACAGUUUGGGGCAUGAA